AUGGAUUUUGAUGCUUAUUUUCAAGCCACUGAAGAGGCUUUCGCUCAAGAAAAGGAAGACAUGCUUAUGAAGUUAGAGAAAAAGCAUGAGUAUUGGAAAAAUGCUUCAGAACUUGAUCAAAAGCUGAUAGAUAGAUGCAAAGAAAUGUUAUAUCUAAAAAGAAUGGUUGGAAAAGGCCAUCUUCAAAUAUUAAGAACAAAAGAAGAAUGUUUACAUAUGCAACUUAAAAACUCGCAGUUAAGAUUCCAUAUUAGACAAUUACAAAAAGAAAUAGAUAGAUUAAUUCCAUUUUCUCAUACACAAGUACCAAGUACUGAAUACAUUAUGUCACUUGAUCGUGCUGUUUUCAAAGCACCACCUCAUGCUAAAGAAACUGAAGCUGAUGAAGAACAUAUGAAAGAUAUACAACGUAUACACAAGCUUUGGGAAAAUCUCUGUGAUCAGCAAGCCAAAGUUUUUGCUGAAGAAACCCUUCAUCAGCAAGAAGAUUCUGAGCAAUGGGAUAAAUUUACAGAAAGCGUUCAAAUGCAAAACGCUAAUGCUCAUAAGAUGAUUGAUAAGACUCUUGCUGAUAUUCUUGGCAGGCACUUAUCUCUCAAAUCAUCAAAUGAAGAUAUGGUUAAAUCAGGUGAAGAACGUGCCAAUUCCUUAGAAAGGAAACUCAAUCGUCUAAAGAAGCGUGUUGAGAAGACAAUGACAUCACUCAAUAACAAGAAAGGACAAGAUAAGAUCCUAGCCCAACGUGAGGCAAAUAAGUUAACGAAAGAACUCAAGAGAAGAGUCCAAUUCAUGGAGAAUGUCAAUCAACAGAUGGCUGAUGAAAUUCAAGAAGAUAUUGGUGAGCUUCAAGAUGAUGAAGAUGACUUGCUUGAUGAUAUUGAUGAACUCAACAAGAAGAUAUCAACUUACAAUUUGAAGAAUAAAGAACUCAACGAUGAAGGUAAGCAAAAACUCGAGAAUUUCCAGGCACAACUCAAUGCUUUGAUAUCUGCAGCUGCUGCUAUUAAAGACACUCCAUUACAAGAACAGAUAAAUAUUAUUGGUGCUGUUUCGACAGCUGUUGGAGCACACGGAAAAGCUGCAACUGCUGCAGAGAGAAUCAAGCAUAAAGUUGCUUAUCUUAACAAGCGUCUGGAGAACCAGAUGGCAGACUUACAGUUGAUUUGA